AUGAUAAAGGGGCUAUCAAAUACAAUCCAAGAAAUCAGAGGCGAGGGUAUCGAGCCAAUUCUCGAAUUCGCUUCCCAAACCUCGAAAGAUCUUGGCAUUGAUGAUUAUUUUCCUGAAAAAAGGCGAAAGACAGUAAACAAACGACUUGAGGACUUAGAAACACAGUCCAGAGAGGACAACACUUGCUACCUAACUGCAGAAGAAGAAUUUAAAAGAGAACUUAACUUAGUACACGAUCGAAUUCUAGCAGAGCUGAAGGAGAGAUAUGAAACAUUGGAGAUACUAUCAUCGGACUUCUACUUUCUAACUGGACCAGCACUAAAAAAUGAACCAUUGAAUGUGUUGAAGAGACAUGUUGCAGAUUUUGGUCUAAAAUACUCUUCAGACGUUGAUGUUGUGGAACUAUCCAACGAAAUUGAGACAUUUGAAAAUCAAGCAAAAGAACUCGUUGAGAAAGAUCUAGAGAAAGCAACCCCAUGGAUCUGCUAA